UGUCAUUUACAAACAUUUUAACGUGAAAUAGACAGUCGACCUUCCAGCGCAUGGAUUUUAAUAGCAAAACCGUGCCACUUAUUACAUCUGCCAGGGACAGGGACUUCUUGAAAUCGCUGUACGAGUUUAUUGCAGGUGAAAAGGAGUCCUUAUGCUGUCCAGACGAGGGCUCUGAUGAGCAGCGACACACAGUGUACAGUGCUGCUUUCGAUAAGGUAAUUGACUAUGCCACAUCUUACAAGACGAUUCUGACGGCCAUCAAGAAAGAAUAUGACUGUCUAAUUGCUAGUAUAAAAAAUAAUGACCGUAAGGUCAAAGUUGCUCGUGGAAAACUGAAGACCAUGAUGGCUCAACCCACUUCGCUCAUGUACUGUCGGAGGAGAUCUGUGCAACUGCAAGAGAGGAUUGCAAUAAUUCAGAAAGAUACUGCAGAGGUACAAGCCAAGUUGAAAAGGCUUCAGGAGUUCAGGAAAAAAGAGCCGCCGCCAACACCUGAACCUUCAGACGGCCAGGCACAGGAUCUCGCUGCAAGGAUUCCAGGUCUUACUUUCUGCGAGAUGUUAAACCCAGAAGCUCUAGCUAAGCAUCUGGGGUUCUUGGAGCAAAAGCAAGCUGACCUUCUGAAUAAGAAAAAAAACCAGUACGUGCCGGUACAGGUGAAAGCUGACUUGGAGAUCAAAAUGAGAGCCUAUCUGAACAAAAAAGAUGAACUUGCCUUAGAGAAUGACAAACUGCAGCUUUGUUUUAAACAGUUGACUUUUCUGAAUGAGGCCAUCAGCUCUUGGGAAAAAUCUACCAGUCACCCUCCUCUGUUUGAGUUCCUCUCCUAUGAACUGGAGCGCAUCGCAGAAAUCCAAGGUUCCGCAUUUACUGUCCCAACCACAUUCUCUUUGGGUGACUCCAAAACAGAACAUGUCAUCGCAGAAUUGGUCCUGAUGUUUCUCACCGGAAGGCUUAAUGUGUGUUCUUUUUCAGUCUGUGAUACUGACAGCUGUUUCAUCAACAAUGAUCUGUUGGAAGAGGAUGAUCCUAACACAGUCAAUGAAUCCGAGCUUUUGGUGGAUUACAUCAAAAGGUUCAUGCACAUGUUCGAGGCAGGAGACUAUGAGGCAGCUGCUUUUCACGCUGCCAGGUCCCCUCAUGGAGUUCUGAGGAACACUGAGACUAUGGAGCGAUUCAAGUCCGUCACCGUGAACGAUGGAGGACUUCCUCCGCUACUGCUGUACUUCCAGGCUCUGAUGAUCUCAGCACAACCCGGGAAACAGUUGCUAGGGGAGACGUUGUGUUUAGAGGGCGUACACUGUGCCCUGCAGCAUGGUUACAUCGAUCUGAUUACCUUCUGGGUCACCCAGCACAGGUUGACCUACAGUGAAGAAUUAGGGGAUGUGCUCUGUAGCCAUGGAGACAAGGACCCACGCAUAGCAGACACUUGCUUGGCCCUGGCCCACAUUAUUUACACAACCUGUGGUGUGCUCAGGAAGACAGCACUGUGCAUGUGCAAAAGAGGGUUGACUAUUGGAGCUUUAGAAUUCAUUUACCAGAACAAUUUCACAUUAGAUGACACUAUGUUUGUGCUGAAGGGCUGCCCCAGUCUUACUCUGCUGCAGGGUUUGACUCAGAAGUAUGGCAGUAAGCCAGCACUGCUGUCUGUGGGCUAUGUCUGCCAUUCGCUGCUCAGCUCCUACCUGGAGGACCUUGCCUUCCAACUGCUGGAGAAGAUUAUUGCAGACGGGCCAGGUUCCCUAGAGAAGGCCAUCCUGGAUGACAUGAUGUGCGGUACAGAGAGUUGGAGCGAGAUUGCAGCACGCUGUGAACAGAUGAACCGGCCUCACCUGGCACAGGAGAUUAUUUCUACCUUGUUGUCCCAGGCUGGUGCCGUGUGCCUCUCCCCUGGCAGUGCCAAGCUGAUGGAGCACGUGUUCAUGUAGGGAGCUGGCCACUAGGUGGAGCCCAAGAGACAAGCUUGGUUGAGCACGCUAAAAGAGAACGGGUCUGUUUGUUAAUCUAACAUCUCUCCGAGGCUAGUUAAAUAAUCAUUAUUUUUGUUUAAUGCAGAAAAAUCCAUUUGCAGAUCUUGCAGACUGUAAAGCUGCUUUUGAUAUUUCACAAAAGGCUAAAAACAGGAAGAUGAUCAUGUAUGCAGUAUUUGAUUGCCAUCUGUAUAAACUACUGAGGUAAACACCCUUUUCCCAUCUAUGUUGCCAUUGCUUUGUGAAUAAAGCUAUUGAUAGGUCAGUGUCUGUCUUGUUCCUGUUAUGUUACCGUGUUUGGAGGAUACAGCAGCGGGGAGAGAAGGGCUGCACUGAGCGAUCCAUUUGGAGAAUGAGGGCAAUGUAUCCUAACUUCAGAAAGCACUGCAGACAGCUCGAUUAUACAGGAACACCAGCAAUCUAACCUAUACUUGGGAAAGUUUCACCCAAC